GCUGCAGUACAUUGAUCUCGUGGUGUUAUGUCCGACACAGAGGCCCCCACUGCUACUACUACCCUUUACGUAUCGCCAAUUGCUGACCCUCUUAUGGGAGGCAAGUUGAAUGCUCGUGCUAUGAAGCUUGUGAAGAAGGCUGCUACGACUAAGUCUUUACGGAGGGGCGUACCGGAGGUCCUGAAGGCCAUAAGGAAGGGUCAGAAGGGUAUGAUACUAUUGGCUGCUGAUGUUUACCCUGUGGAUGUUAUUGCUCAUGUGCCGGCCUAUUGUGAGAAGAAUGGUAUCCCUUAUGCAUACGUACCAUCAAGACAAGCGUUGGGUACUGCCUGCCAGACUAAGAGGGCGGCCUCCGUAGUAUUGGUGAUACAGCCUAAGGAUGACUCUACUUAUACCAAGACUUACGAACAGGUCCACAAGGGGAUCCUGGCCAUCAAUCCCUACCUGUAGAGAUUCGGAACCGCUACCGACCAACGUUUUACCCCCGAGAUAUUACCAACGAUUAUACCCACCGCCAAAACG